CCACUAGCUUCACAACAAGAGAAUAGAAUGUGCAAUAUAACGUCCUAGUUGAUAGAUAGAUUUACAAUAUUAUUUUAUUAUUAUUUGCACUUAACAGUCAUAGCCACUAUUUAUCUUCCUCUUCAAAGAUCUCUGUCCCUGUAUUCGAGAUUGAGAAAAAUGUCUACUUUUUGCUCAUUUUGACAUUUAGGGGUCUACUCUUUUAGACUUAUAAUAGCAUGACUUGUGCAACAAAGUUGCAAACUUUCUUUCCUGUAUUAAAUCCCACGAAUUGAUUUUUGCUUCUUUUAAUGUUAGAACUAAAAAGCCUCUCUCCAUUUACGAAAAGCGUACUGAUAUAUGGGGUGACUAAGGUGAGGGAAUGAGUGAGUGAGCGAAUCCUUUCAAAGUGAAGGUUUUCACUGGUCAAAAGCCUUAAAGGUCUUAUCUUUAUUGGCUAUAUUUUAAGUAAGUAAAUUAUUUUCAGCAUUCUGCAACUAUGUUCAGACUCUGUUAGCUGCAAAUGAUGACUUUGUAGUGGUUGCUGCUGCUCUGGUCCUGAUUCAACCACCAAGGAACCCAACUGGGUACUCAUUCACCUGUUUUUGUUUUGUGGAGUUUAAUGAGAUGUGGUUUGAGAGUAGUGGAGACAAUAAAAUGUUAGGAUGGAGAGUGAUUGCUAGACACAAGCGUUCAAAGAGCUUUCCUGAUAAGAAAAGAGUUGAGGAAGAUGGAGUAGAUAGUUCCUUUGAAGCAUCACAACGCAUAAAGCUGGAUAUGAAUCACUUAAAGGAAUCUGUCAGAACCAAGAAGAAACAAUCUCCUAAAACUGAAGUCCAAAAUUCUUUAAAGGAAGAGAUUCUACAGCUUGAGAAAAGAUUACAAGAUCAGUUUCAGGUCCGUAGUGCACUCGAAAAAGCACUGGGUUAUAGGACUUCUUCCAGUGCUACUGUGUCCGAGGUGUCAAUGCCCAAGCCAGCCACAGAACUAAUAAAGGAAAUUGCGGUGUUAGAGUUAGAAGUUGUAUAUUUGGAACAAUAUCUUCUCUCCUUGUACCGUAAAGCUUUUGAUCAACAAAUAACAUCAGUUUCUCCAUCUAGCAAGAACGAAAGACCUAAUUCACUUGUAACAGCCCCAAGAGGGAGGCUCCUGGAUGUUUCCAGACCAGAUAUAACAUCAAAGAGGGAAACUUCAGCUUCUCAAUCUGCUUGCCAGUCACAUGAAAACCGAUGGAGGGAAUCCAGUGGUAUUGGAGCAGAAGAUAAACUAGUAGAUUCUGGUGUUCAUCGCUGUCACUCUUCACUAUCACAGCGGUCAGUGUUUUCAACUAAAGCCUCUCCUCCAAUAGAAUCUUUUGAAAGAGCUGUACGCGCAUGCCAUUCCCAGCCAUUAUCCAUGAUGGAGUAUGCUCAGAAUGCAUCAAAUAUCAUCAGCCUGGCUGAGCAUCUUGGGACACGGAUUUCUGAUCAUGUUCCAGAGACACCUAAUAAGGUUUCUGAGGAUAUGAUCAGGUGCAUGUCAGCAAUAUAUAGCAAACUUUCUGACCCACCUUUGACACAUAAUGGCCUUUCAUCUCCCAAUUCUUCUUUGUCGUCAAUGAGUGCAUAUUCACCACGAGAUCAAAGUGAUAUGUGGAGUCCGGGAUUCAGGAAUAAUUCAUCAUUUGAUGUACGGCUCGAUAACCCUUUCCUUGUUGAGGGACUGAAAGAAUUUAGUGGACCAUAUAGUGCCAUGGUUGAAGUACCGUGUAUUUAUAGAGAUAGUCAAAAGUUGGGAGAUGUUGACCAUUUGCUACAAAAUUUUAGAUCACUUAUCUGUCAAUUGGAAGAGGUUGAUCCUAGGAAGCUGACACAUGAGGAGAAGCUGGCUUUCUGGAUUAAUAUACAUAAUGCGUUAGUGAUGCAUGCAUUUCUUGCUUAUGGGAUUCCACAGAACAAUGUAAAGAGACUCUUUCUACUUUUGAAGGCUGCUUAUAAUAUUGGGGGUCAUACAAUCAGUGCAGACACAAUCCAGAUUUCCAUCCUUGGAUGCCGCAUGUCUCGUCCUGGACAGUGGCUUAGAUUAUUACUUCCCUCGAAAUCGAAAUUCAAGACAGGAGAUGAACGGCAAGCGUAUGCAAUUGAGCAUCCAGAGCCCCUUUUGCACUUUGCACUCUGUUCAGGAAGUCAUUCUGAUCCUGCGGUUCGUGUUUACACACCAAAGAGAGUAUUUCAAGAGCUUGAAGCUGCAAAAGAGGAGUACCUUCGAGCUACCUUUGGUGUGCGAAAGGAUCAGAAAAUCCUACUCCCAAAGAUUGUGGAAUCAUUUACAAAGGAUUCUGGCUUAUGUCAGGCUGGUCUUAUUGAAAUGAUUCAACAGACUUUGCCAGAAUCUCUCAGGAAGAGUAUUAAGAAAUGUCAGCUAGGAAAAUCUCGUAAGAUCAUUGAAUGGAUUCCUCACAAUUUCACUUUUAGGUAUCUGAUUUCUAAAGAGCUGGUGAGAUAAUAACUGGUUACCUCUGUGCAUGCCUCCAAAGUUUUUAACAUUGCUUGGGCUCAUUUGCAUUGUUCUCAAGGUUUUUUUUUUUUUUUUUUUUUUUUUAAGAUUCUAUACUUUUCCUUGUACAAAGUAGAAGUUGAAGUCAGAAAUGUUAGGAUAGAACAAUGCAGUCUUUUGUAUUGUAUAAUGUAAUCUCCAGUCUGCUACACUGUGUUGAAGGUAUUCAUGAUUUCUGUAAUGCUAGAGAAAAAGAAAAUGAAAUUUAUGUAUUGAGCAUUUGUACAUAGGUUAA